AUAAUCCGUGUUCAGAGAGGAGUUUCACCAGAAAACAGUUGGCAGAUUGUGAGGCGAUACAGUGACUUUGACUUGCUUAAUAAUAGUUUGCAGAUCUCAGCUCUAAGUCUACCUCUUCCUCCAAAAAAAUUGAUUGGAAAUAUGGAGCGUGAAUUCAUAGCUGAAAGACAGAAAGGACUCCAGACCUAUCUCGAUGUAAUUACCACCCAUCACAUACUGUCCAACUGUGAACUGGUAAAAAAGUUCUUGGAUCCCAACAGCUAUUCUGUAAACUACACAGAAAUUGCCUUACAGCAUGUUUCAAUGUUCUUCCGAUCAGAGCCAAAGUGGGAAGUAGUAGAACCAUUAAAAGAUAUAGGUUGGCGAAUACGUAAGAAAUAUUUCUUAAUGAAGAUUAGGAAUCAACCAAAGGAACGACUAAUGUUAAGCUGGGCUGAUCUUGGCCCGGAUAAAUACCUGUCUGACAAAGACUUACAGUACGCUGUGAAACUUCUUUCUUCCUGUUCUCAUCCCUAUAUUUACAAAGUCACUUUUGCCACUGCCAGUGAAUCUUCAGCACUGGUUAUUAGGCCAUUCAGUGAAAAAGGGACACUAAAGGACCUUAUUUAUAAGGCAAAACCAAAAGAUCCAUUCUUGAAGAAGUAUUGCAAUCCUAAAAAAAUUCAAGGUCUUGAACUUCAGCAAAUAAAAUCAUAUGGGAGACAAAUAUUAGAGGUUUUAAAAUUCUUGCAUGAGAAAGGAUUUCCCUAUGGCCAUCUUCACGCCGGCAAUGUGAUGUUGGAUGGAGACACAUGCAAGUUACUAGACCUAGAAAACUCCUUGCUGGGACUUCCGUCAUUUUAUCGAUCGUACUUUUCACAGUUUCGGAAAAUUAAUACUUUAGAAGGUGUUGAUGUACAUUGCUUUGGACACUUACUAUACGAAAUGACAUAUGGAAGACCUCCAGAUAUGGUUCCUGUAGACAGCUUCCCUCCUGCACCGUCAGUGUUUGUUGUGUCUGUGUUGGAAUCCAUUCUGACCUGUGAAGCUAUGAAGAAUGGCAUGCCAACUGUUUCACGGCUCUUACAGAUGCCAUUAUUCAGUGAUGUCCUGCUAACAAAUUCAGAGAAACCCCAGUUUAAGAUUCCUACUAAACUAAAAGAGGCAUUGAAAGCUUCCAAGGAAUGCAUAGAAAAAAGAUUAACAGAAGAACAGAAAUUGAUUCACCAGCACAGAAGACUGACAAGAGCUCAAUCCCAUCAUGGCUCUGAAGAAGAAAAAAAGAGAAGGAAAAUCUUAGCACGAAAGAAGUCAAAACGUUCUGCAUGUGAAAGUGGAGAAGAACACUCGGCAAAAUACAGCAACUCAAAUAACUCAGCAGGCUCGGGGGCGAGUUCCCCAUUAACAUCUCCAUCAUCUCCCACUCCACCCUCUACAGCAGGAGCAUCGUCCAUCCCCCCUGCACCGCCACCGCCGCCCCUGCCGCCGGCAGCGCCGCCUCCGUGCGCCACGGUGCCAGCGCCGCCCAGCCCACAGCCCGCGGCCAGCGCAAGCCGAGGAGCCUUGCUCAGCUCCAUUCGAAACUUUCAGAAAGGAACUUUGAAGAAAACAGACACGUGCGACUACAGCGCUCCCCGCAUCAGCUGAGACUGCUGUCACCCCCCCGAUGGGAUUCGCCUUUCCCCUCCUGUGCUGUCCGGAUCGAGCUCCUCCUAACCGGCCACGGCUCCACCAGCAGAUCCCAUCACCCUGUCGCUCUGUUUACCCCUAUUUCAGCUCUCCUGGAGUAGCAGCACUGCCCUCGCCCAUUUACAUUGCCAUGCUGUGGUAUUAAGGAGCCCCUCGUUAAAGAACAUUGUUCUCUAGCUAGUUUCAGGGAUAAAGCAACUUCUCUGUAGCUGAAUAAAAAUCUGAGAAUAGGAAUGACCAUGAUCAUGGUGAAUUAAUACAGUGUUUUUCUAGUUCUACCCCAUCCCCUUUUUUUCAAAAUACAUGGAUCUAACUUUAGUCAGCUCUUGCAUUUGUUUCAACACUUCCAUUCAGUUAAUGCAUAUAAUUCUUGCUGAAUCAGCAAGGUUUUGUUUUAGAUAAUUAAAAAAAAAAAAAGCACCUAAAGUGUACUGCACAGGUGAGGGAACUGGAGAAUUAUAUCUUAUUACCACCAUCUUUCUGGUGGAGUAAAAAUGCUCUCUCAUGACCUUUGUUUAAAUGAGCAUCCUACCUGUAACUCUAAGGGAAAGUGUUUUUAAAUGAGGAAACAGUUGAAAUGGGAGUUAAUAGAGCACUGGGAUAUUAUUCAUGGUUUAAUUAAAUACAAGGUUAAUUCAAGUGAAUUUUACAGGUAAACUUUAUUGAAAGAUCCUUUUUUGAUUUGCUUAAAACAUUAAAUAAAUUGCACUUUAAAGGAUUAUAGAUAAUCCAUUUUUAAAUUCAAGUACAUCAGUGUUUGUUACUAUGCAGAGAAUGUCUGUACAAAGUUUCAUGUAACCUGUGAUAUUAGUCAUUUUUAUUAAAAUGUUACU